AUGAUCAGCGCUACUGGACUGGGCUCAUCCUCUCGUGCAACUCGCUUCAGCACAAAACCAUCCGACCUUCUUCCACAAGAACAGCAACCUCGACAUCAGACAACACGAGAGGAGAAAUCAUGGAGAUACUACUACCACCCAUCGCCAAAGCUACCAUGUCUUCUCUCAUCGCGUUUGGCACGGAACUGCUCUUCAAAACCGACCCCACUUUCACCCUGUUCCUUCAACUACCCGCCGAACUCCGACUCAAAAUCUAGACCACAUGGAGCAACAACCCAAGAUCAGUCUUAUUUAAAGUCCGUCUCAAACGGAACGGGAUGUUCGAACAACACAGCCAAGAACAGGUCUGCAGCUAGAGAGUCCCUGUCCUCCACGUCAACCGAGAAGCUCGACGCGAAGCCCUCAAGGUCGACAAAGUCUCCUUCCGCUCCCACCUUCUCCGCCAGAGGUACUUCAACUUCGCCGUCGACACGAUCCAGUUCUUCUCCUGCGCCGCGUUCUUCACCUUCAGCCUCCAUCAAGACCCCGCCGGUGAAAAAUCACGGGUCCUGGCCGUCAUGGUCCCAAAGAAUCCCGGUCCUCGAACCCAAUUUACAGCGUGAAGGAAAUUUUAGCGAACCGACCACGGGGCUGCAACAAGACACUGUCCAGGGACUGGUCGCGGCAGCUGGAGAGGACCCUAACGAAGAAAUCAACAAGACUUAUGCCUACCGCUUACUCGCCACUGAAAGAGAUGCGGGCAAUACGAUUACGACUCUGUCGGACAAUACGAUUGCGAAUCUGUUUCCAAAAUCAUUUCGUCUAGGCCUGAUGGACGAUUGCGCAAUGUUCCAGGCGGCCCGCACGGGAGAGUUCAAUUUUUCGCGCGAAGACGGAGGCCCGCGAGGCCGAGAUCACGAUGCACUUUGA